AAUAGAGAAGGAGGAGGAGGAGGAGGAGAAAGAGAGCCAGCCAAGCAGAAACCCAGCCCAGCAAACCUCGGAACGGUUUCCUGUUGCCUCCUUCUAAAACACUUAGAUUCCUUCAGACCCUUGAGAGAGGCUGAAGUUUUCUCAGCUCCACUGCCCUGUCCUUGAGACUUCAAACAAAGAUGCGGGCCUGGAUUUUCUUCCUCUUCUGCCUGGCAGGCAAGGCCCUGGCAGCACCGCAGGAUGCUCUACCAGAGGAGAUGGAAGUAGUAGAGGACCCUACAAUAGAGGAACCUGUGGGUAUCAACCCCGUUCAGGUGGAGGUUGGAGAGUUUGAAGAGCCCACUGUGGAUGUGGAGGAGAUUGUUGCUGAAAAUCCUUGCCAGAACUAUCACUGCAAGCACGGCAAAGUCUGUGAACUGGACGAAAACAACACCCCUAUGUGUGUGUGCCAGGAUCCUUCCAGCUGCCCAGCCAGCACUGCGGUGUUUGAGAAGGUAUGUGGAACUGACAACAAGACCUAUGACACCUCUUGCCACUUCUUUGCCACCAAAUGCACUUUGGAGGGAACCAAGAAAGGACACAAGCUCCACCUGGACUACAUUGGACCUUGCAAAUUCAUUCCUGAGUGUCUCGACACCGAGCUGAGUGAAUUCCCCCUGCGUAUGCGUGACUGGCUGAAGAAUGUGCUGGUCACCCUGUAUGAGCGGGAUGAAGACAACAACCUCCUGACCGAGAAGCAGAAACUCAGGGUGAAAAAGAUCCACGAGAAUGAGAAGCGCCUGGAAGCUGGGGACCACACAGUGGAACUGCUGACCCGUGAUUUUGAGAAGAACUACAACAUGUACAUCUUCCCUGUGCAUUGGCAAUUUGGUCAGCUGGACCAGCACCCUGUCGAUGGGUAUCUGUCCCACACUGAGCUGGCCCCACUGAGAGCUCCCCUCAUCCCCAUGGAGCACUGCACCACCCGCUUCUUUGAAACAUGUGAUCUAGACAAUGACAAGUACAUCGCUCUUGAGGAAUGGGGCAACUGCUUUGGCAUUAAGGAGAAGGAUAUUGACAAGGAUCUCGUGAUCUAAAUUCAGCAGCUUCUGCUUCUGUUACCUGCAACUCCCAUGUUUUCUUUUCUUUUUUUUUAACAAUUUGGGGGUUUUUUGGUUGUUUUAUCGGGGACAAGGUGCUAAUAUAGAUCUAAACUUAUAUAUUAACGGUGCUAAAAGAAAAAGAGAGACAGAAAAUUGUUAGUAGCCUAAUCUAUACCACUAGAUUACUCUGCUCACGCACUCAUCUGUGUGUUUCUGUUGACCUCUUGAUUUGAUAAUAUCAGUAAAGUGAAACAAAUCCGCUUCUGUUCAAAGUAUUGACCUCCUUCUCCUGGCCCUCUCUUUUUCUAACUUUUUUUUUUUUAAAGAAACAAAAUCUUAACAUGUUUUUGGCUAUUUAACUCUCAGGCUAAGGACCUCCAGACCAAUUUACUCCCUAACUUCUAGAAGGCAAGUAAAGGAAAGUGUACCAAAAAGGGUGUUGGGAGACUGGGCUAUACAAAGUCAAGUAGUCGGGGCAAUUGUUUAUGAAAGUUUAGGAGAUCCAGAUUUCAGUUACUAGUAGGAUGGGAAAAGCGUGCAGUUGGGUAAGGUCUACAAAAUCCAAAAUGGUAACUUUAUUAACUCUGCGGUUCUCAAAUCUGGCACCAACUCACCUGAAAGGAAUGAUUACAAGAGAGCAACUGAGAUGCAAGGGGGGGGGACGAAGUCUUGUUAACUCCCACCUUUUAAAAUAAAAAGUAAGAAAAUUCUACCUGCUUCAUUGCUGCGCAGUGACUAUAUUCUUUGUUGUUGUCUUUACCAUGCUUUUAAAGUUAGAUUUGGUGCUUA